GUGUGUGUGACUGAGUGUGUGUGUGUGUGAGAGCUUUUUAUUAUCUGGAAUUAAUAUUUAAUUGUUGCUUUAACACAAGAGAGUUUUGGGGGUUAAAUUGGGUUGAUUUCGUUAUUGUGUGAUUGACAUCUCGCCACACGCUUGUCUCUGAGUGAGUGAGUGAGAGAGAGCGAGAGAGAGAGAGAGAGAGACACACACACACAGAGGGGGAGGUUUGAACGUCUCCUCAUUUCUGUUUGCUCGCCUUCAGACGUUCAGAGGCACAGAUGCAACAAUCCAGCUUUAUGACAGCACGUAAAUUACAGCUUGACUUUAAAUUAUACACAUGUCUGCGCAUUCUGGAUGAGGAUGCAGACGCAUGCAAGAUUGCCAGACUCUCUGGGAUGAUUUUCACAUUUGCUUUUCUGCGUCUUUGUGUUUUGUGGUUUUCUUCUCUGAGGUUUUUGGUAGAUAGUGUACACAUCCUGAUUUCGCCGGCUGUUGAUUGGAGAAGAACUCUCCGCUUCAUCUUCAGCUGUCUGAGACGUGAGCUUCAGAAAGGACCUUUCAUGAAUAAUUUUUCGCAGCUCGAUGCCAUGGCGUUCAACCGGCGGAUUUUAUAAUUCUCUCUGAAGAACGGAUCAUCACGUCUAGUCGAGCAUUGUGGAAAAGUUACAGAGGAAACAUCACGCUGCAGAAGCUCCCGGAGUCCAGCAUGGCUCUGAGUGUGUUAGGGGUGUUCCUGGGACUACUUCUGGAAGUUUCCACACACGGACCCUCCAGCGUUCCCCGGAGCUCAUGGACACAGGACGAUGUGAGUCUGGUUGAGUUCUGGGAGCCGGAUGUGUUUAACUACACCACUCUACUGCUGAGUGAAGACAGAGGUGUGCUGUACGUGGGAGCCCGAGAAGUUAUUUACGAACUCAACAUGAACAAUGUGUCAAUCAAGAGCAACCAGCUGCUGUGGAAAGUUCCGGAGAAUGACAUGUCAUUGUGUAUAUUAAAGGGGAAAUCUAAAGAGAUGGAGUGUCGAAACUACAUUCGAGUAUUGCAAGUCCUGGAUAAAGACAGUCUGUAUGUUUGUGGGACGCAUGCGUUUCAACCUCUCUGUGAUUAUCUGUCGCUGGAUAAUUUCACCUUGCAGAAUAGAAUGGAGGACGGUCGGGGGAAAUGUUCCUUUGACCCGGCGCAGAGCUUCACCACAGUGAUGGUCGAUGGGGAGCUGUACUCGGGAACUGCUUAUAACUUCUUGGGCAGUGAGCCAAUCAUCUCUAGAUACUCUCAGUCUCAGAGUUUACUGCGCACUGAAUACUCCACGUCAUGGCUGAACGAACCCAGUUUUGUGUUUGCAGAUGUGAUCCAGGAGGGGCAGAACAGCCCGGACGGAGACGAUGAUAAGAUUUACUACUUCUUCACUGAGGUAUCGGUGGAAUACGAGUUCUUCGGAAAGCUAUUGAUUCCCAGGAUUGCACGCGUAUGUAAGGGUGAUCAGGGUGGUCAGAGGACCUUGCAGAAGAAGUGGACCUCAUUUCUGAAGGCUAAGCUGGUAUGCUCCAUGCCUGAUCUCAACUUUGUCUUCAAUGUUGUUCAUGAUGUGUUCAUCCUGAAAGCCCCUCACUGGAGAGAGACAGUCAUAUACGGAGUCUUCACCUCUCAAUGGGGGAAUGUUGGUCUAUCGGCUGUGUGUGCGUAUAACAUGAGUUCCGUACAUGACGUGUUUUCCAAAGGGAAGUACAUGCAGAAAGCCACGGUUGAACAGUCCCACACAAAGUGGGUCCGAUUUAAUGGAAUCACCCCAACGCCGAGACCCGGAGGGUGCAUCAAUAACCAUAACCGCAUGCAGAACAUCAACUCGUCUCUCCACCUGCCUGAUAAGACACUACAGUUUGUGAAGGACCACCCGCUGCUGGAGGACCCCGUGCUGCCCAUCGGCAACGGCCCACGCCUCAUCACGAAAGACGUCAACUACACACAGAUCGCAGUGGAGAGGGUGCAGGCCCUCGACAGAAACAUCUACGAUGUCCUCUUCACCGGCACUGAUAAAGGUGUACUGCAUAAGUCAGUGGUGCUGGAGGGAGGAGAGGUCCACAUGGUGGAAGAGAUCCAGCUUCUUAAGAACUCUGAGCCAAUCAAAACACUUUUACUCGCUCCCCAAGUGGCCCAGUUCUUGUAUGCUGGUUCUGACUCAGGUGUGGUCCAAUCUCCCACAGCGUUUUGUCAUAAAUAUCUGUCCUGUGAGGAUUGCAUUUUCGCCAGAGAUCCGUACUGUGCCUGGCAUGCAAGUUCUGCUUCCUGUAUUAAUAUUUUCCAGGACAAAGCUGAACAGCGGAAGUUGAUUCAAAGCUUGAAAGGAGAUGCUGGGAUAUGUCCCCCAGUUACGCCUCUUGCAUUUGAGGACUACCAGAAGGUGGCGGUAAAGCUGGGCAGUUCUGCCAAUCUGCUGUGCCAGGUGCGAUCAAACCUUGCCCAGGUGUUGUGGAAAUUUGACAGCAACAUUCUUAACGAAGCUUCCAACUUCCUUCUAAUGGGAGAGAAUGGGUUGCUCAUAUACAGCGUGACCACGAAGGACCUAGGCCGUUACGAAUGCUGGUCCGUUGAAAUGGCUGCAGGAAAGAACUUCACACGUUUGGUAGCUGGAUACAUCCUUCGAUUGGACCUUCCUUACAGCACGCCUUCAAUAUCAACAUCGUCUUUAUCAGACGUGGGUGCUACUUCGCAUUCCGUCGGAUCUACCUUGCGUGACCCGACUACGCCAGCCGAAGGUAAUAACGAAAACACAUCAGGACCCCCGCUACUAACGUCAGCCCACACAGAGGCCCCCCCACUAACCACCCCUCCUAGCAACUUCAUUAAACCCAAACAAUACAUCCCUCUGGAAGUCAGCAACACACCGACGCGCACUGAGACUCUAGACCCGUCAGCAAAGUACAUUGAACAUGACAACAGCAUAGCUCUGUUGUCCCUCUUCUUGCUCUUCUUCCUCCUCUUCCUCGCUGCUCUGGCGUAUAACUGUUAUAUGAAGUACCUGCCCGCACCUUGCCUCCGUUUGCGUGCGGCGCUGCUCGGCUCGCACAACAAACCACAGCCCGACUAUGCCAUCUGUGAGGCCGGCCUGAUGGAGCAGAUGCCGGAUAAAACAGAUCCAGCCGAUCAGCUACAACAGAAUGGAGCGCAACCAUUACGGGCUCCCAGAGACACUGGAUAUGAGACGGAACCAGAAUGUGGCAACGGGAAAAUUCUGUCAAACAGCGAUGAGGAUACGGACGAUUCUGCUUCUAAAGAGCGACCCUUCGACGUAGAGUGCGCUUUGCAGCCGAUUGAAUAUGCCGAUGCAGACACGCCUUACUGAUUCAAAUAUUUACCGCAAGACAUCUACAGCAGAGCAGAGGAUGAGCGAAAACAACAGUCUCUCUUUUUGCAUUGUGACCUCUCCAUUAGAAGCUUAGCUUAGCUGCAGCGAUUUAACAUGAAGGCUGUGUACGUAAAAUGAUUUUAGCUUUUGGCUUCGGUUUGUCAAGCAAUCUCGCAUGUCUGCUUGGCGCAGUAAAGAGUACUAUGCCGCUCUGCAAGAACAAAAACAAAAGUUCCAAAUUGGAAACAUUGUAUACCAAAUUGGUACAUUAUCAUGAUGUUUUCCAAAUUGGAGUACUGAACUCUUUUGUUGGUUGGCGGGCAUGUUCACGGUUGGCAUAGGGUUCAAUCUGAACCUGUUAUGCGCUUUUACGUGUUAAUUGUCUUUCCACUUUGGGUGUAUAUGAAAAAAAUCUCAGGGAUGAUUGUGGUUUCGCAAAUGCAGGAUUGCGUAUAACACAGGAAGUGUACAAGAAGUUCUCUGGUAGACAAAAAAUGGCAGGUGGGCCAAAUUUGGUGGAAAGUUGCAGACAUGGCCCAACUGUCUAGAACACUCAAAAGUUUAAUGGAAAUGGAUCCAACAUUGGUGAAAUGGAGCUAAGACUCUUGGUGAAAUGGGUUCCAUUCGUGAAAUAGAAAGGAUCUUUGAUACGUCUAGAUUUGAUGCAACGUUCUGCGAAACUCUUGCGUGAUUCACCCUAAGCCCCACUGUAACGCAUCCCCUUAUUGGCAGUGAACGUGUUCUUUCUGGAAUUUCUGAAGAACGAAGGCUACCAGCUAGACCAUUCCGACGAUUUCGCUUGAAAGCGAAGAUCGACGUUGACAAAUGUCUCUAUACUUGGUGUAUUGUUUGUUACUUUGAUGACAAUUAAAAUGGUUCAUUGUGGGAAUAUGACAAUAAAGCAGACCAAAAAUGUCUAAACACUGUGACGUCUCUUUUGCACAGUUCCCACAGGAAACGUAAUGCUAUCGCAGAUCAUGUCUGUGUUUCUAUAUAUUUUGAAGCUAACAUUUUAACCUCAUUUUAUUUAAGAGAAAGCAGUAGCCAUUUUAUAUAGUUGGUUCAGUAACACUUUACAAUAAGGUUCUAUUUGUUACAUCAGUAAAUGCUGAAGGUCAUCAUCGGUCCGUGACCUUCAGCUCUCACUGGAUCACUUGGCAGUCAAGUGUGAAGUGGCUGGGAUGAGGAUUAGCACCUUUAAAUCUGAGGCCAUGGUUCUCAGCAGGAAACCGGGAGGUAUUGCCCCAAGUGAAGGAGUUCAAGUACCUCGGGGUCUUGUUCACGAGUGAGGGGACAAUGGAGCGGGAGGUUGGCCGGAGAAUCGGGGCAGUGGGGGCGGUAUUGCACUCGCUCAAUCGCACCGUUGUCACGAAGAGAGAGCUGAGCCGGAAAGCAAAGCUCUCGAUCUACCGGUCCAUUUUCGUUCCUACCCUACCUAUGGUCAUGAAGGCUGGGUCAUGGCCGAAAGAACUAGGUCGCGAGUACAAGCGGCUGAAAUGGGUUCCCUCAGAAGGGUGGCGGGCUUCUCCCUUAGAGAUAGGGUGAGGAGCUCAGUCAUCCGUGAGGAGCUCGGAGUAGACCCGCUGCUCCUUUGCGUCGAAAGGAGUCAGUUGAGGUGGUUUGGGCAUCUGGUAAGGAUGCCCCCUGUCCGCCUCCCUAGGGAGGUGUUUCAGGCACGUCCAGCUGGGAGGAGGCCUCGGGGAAGACCCAGGAUUAGGUGGAGAGAUUACAUCUCCACACUCGCAUGGGAUCGCCUCGGGGUCCCCCAGUCAGAACUGGUUAAUGUGGCUCGGGAUAGGGAAGUUUGGGGCCCCCUGCUGGAGUUCAUUGUUAGUUCAUGUUAACUAUUGUAGUUAUUUAAUGUUAACAAAUACAACCUACUUGUAAAGUGUUACCAUUGGUUCUCUUAACCCUGUGUCUGUUAUUCAUUAUAGACAUUAUUCACGUAGACUAGACAAAGUUUGUUUGCCAACUUUUUGACUGUUGUCCACAAAUGUGGCCCUUUUUAAACCUUUUUUGUUUAAAAGAAUGAAGCUUUAUGUUUUAGAUAUAGUAUUUUUACAAGACAUUAUAUUAUUUAAUUAUUUGUUAGUAAUAAUAAGGUGAAUAUCAAACAAACUGCCAGUAAUGUCCAGGUUAUAUUUCAGACCAUUAUCAAAAGAAAAUAAAUCAUAUGUUUUUAUAUAAUAAUGUGUAGGAUCUCUUAACUGUAAUACAAUGCAAAUGUAUUUUCUUUACAAUAAAUGUAACUUUUUCUUGUGAUUUAUGGAGUGAAAUAAGACCUGGACAUUUCUUUUGUGAGUUUCACCCAAUAGCAUGUUUAUUCUUUGACGUUUUGCUUUGUUUUGAUUGGUCACUCCUUGUACGGUCUUCUAAAGACCUCGACUUUUCCACUCUCAUUCCCACUUUGUGACAUUUCCUGAUUCUCCCGCUCACCUGAGAUUCUCAGCACACUCUUUCUUUGUCUCUCUUCCUCCAUUUCCUCUCUUCCCUCCUUCCACUUCCUCUUUCCUGCACAGCUUCCUUGGCUGUUCCUCCUGUCCCUGUCGACUCGUUGCCCACUUCCGGGAGUCGCCUCUCUGUCUUCCCUUGCUCUUCCUCAUCUCCAUCACUGUCUUCCUCAUCUCCCUGGAGGGCUCACUUGAUACCCCCUCUCUUGAGG